AUGGCCUACAAGAAGCCCUCCCUCAUCAAGAGGUGGAACCUGAAGACCCACUUGCUCCUCAAGUGCAUCAAUGGAGUCAUGUCUUCUAUCAGCUUGUCCUUACUGCCUCCAGCACCAAGUGUCCUUGACUACACUCCACUUUGUGCUACUCCACUUCAUGCCUGCUUCCAUCUUGACUUCAGCUACCACAUCAUGGUAGCAUCUGCUCAACUGAAUGAAUCCAAGACCAACAUCAUCACAAACUGUGGCACAUCAACUCACCUCAUCCAGUACCUCAACUUCUUCUCAACCUUCACCCCACUCCUCCAUCUCAACCUCCACAGCAUCAGCUCCUAG